AUGGCCGCCUCUACCAUGUCUGUCUGCUCUGAUGCCUGCACCCACUCCUCCUGGCGGGUGGACGACUGCCCAGAGAGCUGCUGUGAGCCCAGCUGCUGUGCCCCCAGCUGCUGCCAGUCUAGCUGCUGUGUCCCCAGUCCCUGUCUAACCCUUGUCUGCACACCAGUGUGUUGUGGGUCCAGCCCCUGCUGCCAAUCUUCAUGUUGCCAGCCAGCGUGCUGCACCUGCUCCCCCUGCCAGCAGUCCUGCGGUGUGACUCUUUGCUGCAAGCCUGUCUGCUGCACACCUGUCUGCUGUGGAUCCUCCUCAUGCUGCCAGCAGCCUAGCUGCCAGUCCUCUUGCUGCCAGCCAUCCUGCUGUGCGCCUGUCUGCUGCACACCUGCCUGCUGCAAGCCUGUGUGCUGCACUCCUGUCUCCUGCACACCUGUCUGCUGCAAGCCUGUCUGCUGCAAGCCUGUCUGCUGCAAGCCCUGCUCCAGCAUGUCCCUGCUCUGCCGCCCUGUGUGCAGACCUGCCUGCUGUGUGCCCACCUCCUCCUGCUGUGCCUCUUCCUGCCAGCCCAGCUGCUGCCGCCCAGCCUCCUCCUGUGUGCCCCUGCUGUGCCGCCCUGCCUGCUCCCGCCAGGCCUGCUGUGGCCUCUCCUCAGGCCAGAAGUCCAGCUGCUGA